ACAAAUUGCUUCCACACCUUGCCACAACCACGCGAGUUCUGUGUCAUUCCGUUMCAAGUUAUUCUGCUUUAUCAUGUCGGAGAAACCCGAGUUCAAGCUCUUCUACUGGCCUGGGAUGUUAGGAAGAGGGGAGUUUAUGCGACUUCUCUUCCAUGAAACAAAAACACCUUACGAAGAUGUGUUCAAAGACAAGACAUUCGAUGAAGCCAAGAAAAUGGGCUAUGGUAGUGGUCAAAAGCAUUUCGCCUUCCCUGUGAUUGAACACGGUGAUAUGGUGUUAAGUCAAACACCUGUGAUAUGUCGGUAUCUGGGRAAGAAACUUGACCACGGUAGAUUGUAUCCAAAGACGGAGAAAGAUCGCCUACAAGCCGAAGUGCUGAUGGCUGGAGUGGUCGAUGUGGUAGAAGAAGGUUGUAGAUCAUGGCAACCAAUCGAUUAUAACGCAUUUUACGACUCUCAAAAAGAAGAAGCAAAGCCGUUUAUUGAGUAUUACAAGACAAAGCGACUACCAAGGUGGCUGRAUUUCUUUGAAACUACUUUAAAAGAGAAUUACUYGGCAAAYGGAGAGUUAGUCUUYGUAGGAAAACAACUCUCCUGGGUGGAUCUGKSCAUAUUUCAUUUUGUUGAUGGRAAUUURGSUGAGUGYCCUGAGUUGUUUGAAAAAGAGAACACGCAUYUAAAGAAGUUCCAUCAAGCAAUAAGAGAUAGGCCUAACAUCAAACCCUGGUAUUAUUCUGAUGAAAGACCCAAGCGAACUCAAACCAUUUUUUAAUGUGACAAUGUUGCGUGACGUGUAACAAAGCACUGCUGAAAUAAAGUCUGUAACUGAGAAUAAACAGUUUAGCCUUAGUAUGUAAAUUAGACGUUUCACUAGACUGACGUAAGAUAGUCCAUGUGUUCAAUGCUGUAUGUUAGCACUCGUGUUUGUUAAACAAAACGUUAAAAAAUGUCAAAACGUUCACAAUACUUCAACGACAGUAGCAACUAGUCCCUCACGCCAAAGUAUAGCRUGAUAUUCGCCUGCUACUGCUAGUACUGUACGUUAAAAACUCCUCGAGUUUCCACUAGACAUAAAUUACACUCAUAAAAUGCUUGUUAAACUUUUA